CCGAUAUGAGGCAAACGCAGAGCGGCCAUUACACAGCGAGUUUCCCAGGGAAGGUCGGGAGGGAGAGAGCGGGGGAGCCACUGAAAUAGAUCCGCCACACCGCGCCGCAGGUCCCGCCGAGCCGCCCUCCAUCAGCACGCGUACAGACGGGAGAACGCGCGGAGUCGCCUGUUUUAGAGCCGCGGUCUCCCCGCUUUCGACGGGUUCAGCUAGAUAAAGUGUCCGGGGUAAAGCAGCCCUCGGUCGGCUAAGCUAAGCCGAGCUAAGCGGCCGCCCGCACCGCUGAGCCUAAAUCCAGCCGGCUGGUCGCUAGGUUAGCUAGCGAGCUAAAGAGCUAAACGACGCCAGCAGGAGCACACAGCCGGUUCUGAGGGGGGUUUCAACGGGUACCGGAUUACACAGACCUCCGCUCAGCCCCAGAAACCAUAGCUAGAGGCCCGUACUGCGCUCCAGGACGCGCCGAGGAUGGAUGAUAAAGCCUUUACUAAAGAAUUAGACCAGUGGGUCGAACAGCUGAACGAGUGUAAGCAGCUCACCGAGAACCAAGUGCGGACCCUCUGCGAGAAGGCUAAAGAGAUCCUGACUAAGGAGUCCAAUGUACAGGAGGUGCGCUGCCCCGUCACAGUAUGUGGCGAUGUGCACGGGCAGUUCCACGACCUCAUGGAGCUGUUCAGAAUUGGAGGAAAGUCGCCCGACACCAACUAUCUGUUUAUGGGCGACUACGUAGACAGAGGCUACUACUCGGUGGAAACGGUCACACUUCUUGUUGCGCUAAAGGUCCGUUUUCCAGAACGCAUAACGAUAUUGCGCGGAAACCACGAGAGCAGACAGAUUACACAGGUUUAUGGAUUCUAUGACGAGUGCUUGAGGAAAUAUGGCAAUGCAAAUGUCUGGAAAUAUUUCACUGACCUCUUCGACUACCUACCCCUCACAGCUCUGGUUGAUGGACAGAUCUUCUGUCUGCAUGGUGGGUUGUCUCCAUCGAUAGACACAUUGGAUCACAUUCGUGCUUUAGAUCGUCUCCAGGAGGUGCCACAUGAGGGCCCAAUGUGUGAUCUGCUGUGGUCAGACCCUGAUGACCGCGGAGGCUGGGGCAUCUCUCCCAGGGGUGCUGGAUACACCUUUGGCCAAGACAUUUCUGAAACUUUUAACCAUGCCAAUGGUCUUACCCUGGUCUCCCGUGCCCAUCAACUUGUUAUGGAGGGAUACAACUGGUGUCACGAUAGAAAUGUUGUCACCAUAUUCAGUGCGCCAAACUACUGCUAUCGCUGUGGCAACCAGGCUGCCAUAAUGGAACUGGAUGAUACUCUUAAAUAUUCCUUCCUUCAGUUUGAUCCUGCACCUCGGCGCGGAGAGCCUCACGUCACCCGCCGCACCCCCGAUUACUUCUUAUAAACACGCACUGGCCUGACGUAGGAACACGACCUCUAAAGUAAACACCACCACAAUGCGGCAGAUCCUGACAUGUAUACAUUUUCAUCCCACCGCGUGUGUGUGUGUAUAUAUACGGGGAUGUGUCAUGACAUGACAUGAAAGCACUAACAUGGACCAAAAUGUGCCAUACAAGCAUUUAAUGCAGAAUUACAAAUUGCCCUGUGUCUCAGUACUGCUACAGUGUCCCGUUUAGCCUAUAGUGCAAUUGCCUGCUGUAUACUAUGGAUAGUAAUGUUCUCUUUGUUCUUGAAUUGUACAUUACUCUGAGCAAAACAAAAAAAGUGAUCUUUAGCUUUUCUCCCCUUCGGUAUCACUGGACAAAAACGAUGUACUUUAAGUUGGCGAUGCCCGGCAUGUGACAUAAGGUAACAUUUUAUACAAGUGCACAAGCUUACAUCCUUUCCUGUCUUCACCAAAAAAGAAACACUAUGCUAUUCUAUUGGGAAUGAAUGCUUAAUCUGAGGGAGAAGCCUCUUCCUUUUUGGGAGUGUAUGCUUUCAUGUAUAUGAAGCCCUAUCUUAACUCAAACUCUGUUCCCCCUUUGUCUAAUCUUACCAUUUUUGUGUUUACUGUCUUUUCUGUGUAUUUGUCAUGAAGUGAUUGCCUCUUCUUUGGUGUAUUUGAACUAAUAAAGUACUUUUAAUCGCAAGCUA